ACGUCAAUCUGUCGUAAUAAAGUCAUUGUUACGUUUCAUAUCUAUACGGAGUUUGAUCAGCGUCAGUUAACUCUUCGAAAUCUAGAUACACGAAUCGGUAAAUGGCUUACGUACCACAGCAAGGUGGUGCUCGUGGUGGUUGUUAUCGAGGACAACAAAUAGGACGAGGUGGAGGCCGAGACCGUCGACGACGUCCUGUGGAAGGACCUGAAGCUUACGCCUACGAACCAUUGGAUGUGUAUGUCGUUGAAGAACAGCAUGGUGGAGCUCACCACCGUGGGCGUGGAGCGAGAGGAGGACGAGGACGAGGACGAGGACGAGGCAGAGGACGAGGCCAUCAGCAUGCCUACAGAGGUGAAUAUCGAGGCGGUGGAGUACGAGGAAGAGGAAGAGAAGGAACUCAUGACUCAAGUGGCAGCAAGAGAACCUUUAGCAUUAACGACCGUUUCCUGCGUGAAUUGAAGGAAAAAACUCCCCGGGAGAUCACUAUAGAGGUUUCAACAAAUCGAGAUAGUUUCAAUCACUUACUUAACUCUAGCGUGGUAGGCAGUUGCAAUCGUGAUCGUCUUAGACUCAUCCUAGGCUUGUUUGCAAAGGGCUGCCACAGUACAAUGAAUCAAAUGCUGAAUGACAUGCUCGCUUGCAUGCUUCACUCACUGUUUUUUAGCCACAAUUUGAAGCGCUAUCUGUCAACAAUUACUCAGCCUCGAGUCGUCGGACAUCUAGAAGUUGAUGAGGUUGUGGAAGAUGUGGAGAGCGUUGUUACUCUGGUCAGUAAGAUGCUCGAACGAUUUCCUAGUUCUGUAGAUGAAAUUCCAAUACUGGAGAGACUGAAGCUGACCGUAGACCGACUACCCCCUUCAGGCAUCUCACUACCGAGAGAUUUAGUCGAGCGGGUUACCGACCUGGUGAAAACCAGCGAUGAAUGUGUCAUGCAAAGAGAAUUACGACAGGUAGCUAGCUUUCUGCCUUUGGCAUUGAGACUAGAAGAACCCCCUGAUGACUUUCGGGCUAUUGAGCUAGUUCCCACAAGUGAGGAACUGGCUGGAAACCGAAGGCCUUUUUUGCGACCAAACAUAGUCGACGGUGCGUUUAAAGACCUCGACCAAUACUUGGACGUACAGUUUCGUUUACUGAGAGAAGACUUCGUGGGUCCGUUGCGCGAGGGCAUUGCCACCCUUCCAGAGGAUGACGUCAGACGCAAGAGAGGGACCCCAAAUGAUCUCCGGUUGUACCGUCACGCUCAGAUUGGGCAACCCGUCUGCACAUCCAGUGGUCUAGCACAUAAGAUCACGUUUGACGCUUAUCAUUUACGUCGAGUAAACUGGAAGCACUCGCGACGAUUGAUCUAUGGCUCGUUGUUAUGCUUCUCAAACAACAGGUUCAAAACCGUAAAAUUUGCUGUCGUGUCCAACAGAAAUGCUGAAGAUUUGAUGAAGGGGAUUGUCGAGGUGCGUUUUAUGAAUGGUUUGCGGGACGCGAAUGAGAUGCAGGCUGGUCAAGUAUACACAUUUGCCGAGUCACCCGCUUACUUUGAGGCUUAUCGUCACGUGCUGCAUCGACUUCAGCACAUUAAACUCGACCUCCCUUUGCAAUCUUACAUAGUACAGUGUGAGAGAAACUGUACCCGGCCUCCUCGUUACCUUCGUCCGGAACACCGUGAUGGUGAGGUGCCCCGAAUGAAUUUGAGAAGUGCGCUGGGAUGCAAAAGUAUCCGAGCCAUGCGGGUGGCCGUUACCGACUGGAAUGCUUGGCCGCCUUGCGAGCAUGUCGAAUUGGACGAGUCACAACUUGUUGCCAUAAAAACUGCAAUGACGAGAGAGUUUGCUCUGAUACAAGGACCUCCGGGAACGGGAAAGACUUAUCUGGGUCUCAAGGUUAUGAGAGCAUUGAUUGAGAACCGCUGUGUAUGGGAUCCCGCUCGUACAUCUCCGAUUUUGGUUGUUUGUUACACAAAUCACGCUCUGGACCAGUUCUUGGAGGGGGUCUUAGAGUUCCAUAGCACUGGUGUCAUAAGAGUUGGCGGUCGUAGCGAAAGCGAGGUCUUGAAGAAUCUAAAUCUGAACGCUAUUACUCACAGUGUGAGGCAAGACCGCGAGGUUCCAGGCAUUAUAUUUCGUAGCAAAAAGAAGCAGCUUUUUGAAAUACGCAAGAUUCAGAAUGAUAUUGAUAAGACGGUGGAUGACCUUAAACGACGAGGUAUAAUUGGUGUCAGUUGGUUGAGUGGUAUUGCCGGUUGUGAGAAGUCUUGUCAGUUGAAUGAUAAAUUGUAUUAUUCUCAGAGAGGCCACCGUCGACUUGAUGAAUGGCUGGGAAUUGUGUGUAUCGAUUCUCCUGUCUCCGUUAACCGAACUACUCCAGAAACCGAAAUUUCUGCAGCAGCAGCAGACGAUGACCAAAACAAAGAGUUGGAAUCUGAAUCCGAAGAAGCUGACGGAGAUGAUGAACCAGAGAUUCUGGAAGCACAGAGAAGAAUAGAAGGCGAAGAGUUCGCUCUUUUGGAAGAUGUCAGGGCACCCAAGAACGAUAGUGAAACCGCCGCUAAACAAGAGGCAGUCGACCAAGCUAAGACUGCCGUUGAGGACGAAGAGCUUGAAGGUAUUGCAGAAUUGUCACCGGGCAAUCAACAUGACGACAAUGAGGGUUGGACUGUGGUUCCAAUGGGUAGAGAGAAAAGAAACCGUAAAGUGCAUGAAGGUCUCUCCCUGCAACCAAUGGCACAGGAGGAAGUUUACAUGGUAAAUAACAUAUGGAAUCUCAACGAAAACGACCGCUGGCGACUUUACAAGUACUGGUUGCAGAAGAGAAAAGAGUAUCUUCAGGAAAAGAUGGCAAAGCUUUGCGAAGAGUUUGAAGGCGAAGCAGAACGACUCAAGGAAACUAACGAACAAGAAAGCUUGCAUGUCCUCAAGGGAGCGACCGUUAUCGGUAUGACGACGACGGGAGCGGCCAAACACCACCGUCUUCUCCUCGAAGUAAAGCCCAAAAUAAUUGUCGUCGAAGAAGCGGCGGAAGUCUACGAAGCUCAUAUCGUCACAACAUUAUCAGCAUCUGCCGAACAUUUGAUUCUCAUCGGCGAUCACCAACAACUUCGUCCCAAUCCUUACGUUUAUCGACUAGCGAAGGAAUACAAGUUAGACGUCUCGCUGUUUGAGAGAAUGAUCAAGAAUGGAAUGCAGUGCGCACGAUUGGAUGUACAGCAUCGGAUGCGACCGGAAAUUGCCGAGUUGAUGAAACCAAUCUACAAAGGGUUACAGAACCACGAAUCGGUCUACAAGUACGAGAAUAUCGCAGGAGUAAAACACAACAUGUUCUUCAUCGAGCACAAACAUAAAGAAAACGAAGACGAGGACUUGAAAAGUCACUUUAAUAUUCACGAAGCCGGUUUUGUGGCUGGUUUUUGUCGUUACUUGAUGCAACAAGGAAUUCCAUCGUCCAAAAUAACCGUACUUACAACUUACACUGGCCAGGUCCUCACUCUCAAGAAAGUUAUGACAAACACUGCGUACAAAGGUGUCCGCAUCACAGCCGUCGACAAUUAUCAAGGCGAAGAGAACGACGUCAUCAUCUUGUCUUUGGUCAGAAGCAACGAUGAGGGUAAAAUCGGAUUUCUGAGUACGCCUAACCGAGUAUGUGUUGCUCUUUCGCGAGCAAAGAAAGGCUUUUAUUGCGUUGGCAACAUGACACUAUUGGCUAAGAAAAGCGAGUUGUGGAGUAAGAUCGUUCAAGGAAUGAAGGACAGUGGAAUUGUGGGUUCAGCUUUGGAGCUGUGCUGUCAAAUACAUCCCGAUACUUCAUUUCUUGCGUCUCAGUCGACAGACUUUCAAAAUGCGCCAGAAGGCGGAUGCAGGAGACCUUGUCAGUUUAGACUCGGGUGUGGACACGUCUGUGCUCUUACGUGUCAUCCGUACGAUCGGGAACACGUGAACGUUAAAUGUCGCAAACCGUGUGUAAAGAAGUGUGAAAAUGGGCACAGAUGCCAGAAAAAAUGCUACCAAGAUUGUGGAAAAUGCCUCGUUCUCGUGGACAAGGUCGUGCCGGGAUGCAAUCACAUUCAGCCGAUUCCAUGUAGCGAGAGUCCACUUCAGUUUUGUUGUAGAGCUCCAUGCCCUACUAAACUCUCUUGCGGGCACAUUUGCAGCAACAGAUGUGGUGACGUAGAAUGCACAAGGAAGUGUUUAGCAAUUGUAUCCAAGAGGUGGCCAUGUGGGCACACGGGUGAUGUGCGCUGCCACGAACGGGCGAGGUCUCCUUGUCCCAAACCGUGCGGUGACAUGCUCGACUGCGAACACCCUUGUAGCGGUACAUGCGGGAAAUGUCAUGAAGGAAGGCUACACAUAGCUUGCCAAUCCAAUUGUGGCAGAAAACUGGUUUGCUCGCACCCUUGUGUAUACCCGUGUACCAACAACUGCCCUCCUUGUAGUCGGAGAUGCGAAAACGAGUGCGUUCACAGUAAGUGUAAAAAAGAAUGCGGAAAACCGUGUGAUCCAUGCCAAGAGCCUUGCCAGUGGGAGUGUGCCCACUAUAAGUGCUCUAGAGUAUGCGCAGAUCUUUGCAGUCGUCCACGGUGUAACAAACGAUGUCUACGGAUUCGCAAAUGCGGUCAUUGUUGUAUUGGACUGUGUGGAGAGAAAUGUCCAAGUUUGUGCCGAGUUUGCGACUAUAAGAAAGUGACGGAAAUAUUUUUUGGAAAGGAAGACGAUCCGAGAGCACUAUUCGUCCAACUGGAAGACUGCAAUCACAUAUUUGAAAUGAACGGUCUCGAUCGCUGGAUGGACUCAGAACAAACGAACGAAGAGGGUGGAGUUGAUAUUGGAUUAAAGCAAUGCCCACGUUGUACGGUCACAGUGCGACGAAGUCUUCGUUACGGAAAUGUUGUAAAACAGGCGCUGCAGGAUAUUGAGAUGGUAAAGCGGAGAAUGUUAGAGCAAGAGAAAAAGAUGGAGAUAACGGUCAGGCAACUGACAAGAGAGGCAGUCCAACUGGCGGGACAACUACAAGUCUGUAUGUUGUUCAAGAGCCAGGUUUUCUCGCUCAAGAGCGCCCGCGAGACAUUCUUGCUUUAUUUUGAUCUUGGUCUAGAAGACACUGACGGCAUCGAUAAUUUAGUUGUAAAGGAUAUAAGUCCAUCAGGAAAAAUUCUUCGGCGCUUGCGCAAUCGGCCGACGAUCAUGGACGUGACUACUAUUCAAAAUCAGAUUCAGUUCUUGCGAUCUAUUGUUGAUCUGGCCAACAAGAUCGAAAAGGCGCAGAUGCAAAUUGGAUGUACAGUAAAACCAGAUUGUCAGAAACUGCUAGCUGAUCUCGAUGAACUGGUCAUAAUUUUAAUGGAACCCGUUCUAAGCGAACAACAACUGGAAGAAAUUCAGUCGAUGAUGGAGAAAAUCGAAUUGGAGUUAAACUUUCGCAUCCUUAUGGCAAAGCUUCGGCCUCGAUUGAGACAGCUCACUGCCAUACACAUCAAGUUUGUCCACGUGAUCGAAAAAGGUCUGAAGGACAAAAUGAAAAGGUCGCAUAAAGACAUGGAGUUAAUACGGAAGAGCAUUCAGUUUCUGUCUACUACUUACAGCGUUUCUGGCUUAUCAAAAGCGGAGAGACUUGAGAUAGUGCGCGCUAUGGGGUUUAAACCGGGUCAUUGGUACAAAUGCCCAAACGGACACGUUUACGCUAUUGGAGAGUGUGGAGGUGCAAUGGAAAGAAGUAGAUGUCCCGAAUGUCGAGCAGAAAUUGGAGGAGAACGUCAUCGCUUGGUCGCAGGCAACGCUCCCGCUUUUGAAUUUGACGACUCACGAGCGCCGGCUUUGCCGAUAUACGAGCCUGGAAAUCGGCUGUUCACGAAUCGGCGAAUGGACGAUUUGCUGCAGCGAGGUGGUGGUCGCGGACGCCGUCCUGGUCGUCCUCGUGGGCAACGAGGAGGCCGUGGUGGAAACCGAAGCCGUCGGCGAGGUCCUGUUGAAGUAAAUAGAGAAAGACACGACGACGACGGUCAAUUAAAUGGGCACGUCGUUGAAGCGCAACAUGGUAGAGGUCACCAACAACACGGUGAAGGUCAAUUCCGUGGACGCGGUGCACGAGCAGGAAGAGGACGAGGACGAGGGCGAAGACAAGGACGAGGCUAUGAGCCAGCCGACAGAGGUGAACAUGGCGGCGGUCGAGCACAAAGACGGGGAGGAGGAGGAGGAACUCAAGACGUAAGUGGAGUCCCGAGAGUCUAUCUAAUUAGCGACCGUUUCUUACGCGAACUGAGAGAGAAAAGUUCCCGGGAGAUCACUAUGGAAGUUUCAACGAAGCUAGAUAGUUUCAAAGGCCUACUUAACUCUAGACAGGUAGGCGUUCGUGACCGUCUUAGACUCAUCCUGAGCUUGUUUGCAAAGGGCUGUCGCAGUACAAUGAAUCAAAUGUUGAAUGACAUGCUUGCUUGUAUGCUUUCCUCUCUGUUUUUUACUAACAAUUUGAACAGCUACCUCUCAACACUUACUCAAACUCAAGUCAUGGGAUACACAAAUGUUGAAGAAGUUGUGGAAGAUCUGGAAAGCAUUGUCACUCUGGUCAAUGAGAUGCUCGAACGAUUUCCUAGUAAAGUAGAUGAGAUUGUGGUUCUGGACAGAUUGAAGGUGACCGUAGAUCAACUAUCUUGUACAACCAUUCCAUUGCCGAAUGGCUUGAUUGAACGGGUAACUGACCUGGUAAAAACCCGGGAUGAAUGUAUUGUGCAAAACCAAUUAAGACUAGAGCAUAGCUCUCUGCCUCAAGCAAUGAAAGUGGAAAAUCCUCCUGAUGACUUCCGGGGUAUUGAAAUUGUCCCUACAAGUGAAGAACUGGCCAAAAACGAACAGCCUUUUCUGAGGUCAAACAUCGAAGAAGGUGCUUUUAAAGACCUUGAUCACUACUUGGACGUACAGUUUCGUUUAUUGAGAGAAGACUUUGUUGGUCCGUUGCGCGAGGGCAUUGCCACCCUCCCAGAGGAUGACGUCAGACGCAAAAGAGGGAGCUCAAAUGAUCUCCGGUUGUAACGCCGUGCUAGGAUCGGUCAGCCUGUCUGCACGUUCAGUGGUCUGACACACAAGAUCACGUUUGACGUUUCUCAUUUACGUCGAGUAAAUUGGAAUCACUCGCGACGAUUGAUCUUUGGCUCGUUGCUAUGUUUCUCAAACGACAAUUUCAAGGCGAUGAAGUUUGCAGUCGUGUCCAACUGAAAGGCUGAAGAUUUGAAGAACGGGAUCAUCGAGGCACGUUUCAUGAACGGUUUGGAUGACGUGAAAGACAUGCAAGCUGGUCAGAUAUACACGUUUGCUGAGUCACCCGCUUACUUUGAGGCUUACCGUCACGUGCUGCGUAGACUUCAACACAUUACCCCUGAUCUCCCUUUGCAAUCUUAUAUAGUGAAGUGUGAGAAGAACAGUAGAACUUCUCCUCGUUAUCUUCGCCCGGAACACCGCGAUGGUGGCGUCGCCCAAAUGGAUCUGAGAAGUGCGCUGGGAUGCAACAGUCCUCGAGCCAUGAGGGUGACCGUCACCGACUGGGAUGCUUGGCCGCCUUGCGAGUACGUGGAAUUGGACGAGUCACAACUUGUUGCCAUUAAAACUGCAAUGACGAGAGAGUUUGCCUUGAUACAGGGACCUCCAGGAACGGGAAAGACUUACCUGGGCCUCAAGGUUAUGAGAGCAUUGAUUGAGAACCGUCAUGUAUGGGAUCCCGCUUGUACAUCUCCGAUUUUAAUAGUUUGCUACACAAAUCACGCUCUGGACCAGUUCCUGGAAGGAAUCUUAGAGUUCAUGAAAGAAGUCUUACAAUUACGUGAAACUGGAGUCGUAAGAGUUGGUGGUCGUAGUGAAAGCGAGGUCUUGAAGAACCUAAAUCUGAAUGCUAUUAUUCGUAAAGAGAGGCAACGCCGUGCAAUACCGGGCGUCAUCUUCCAUAACAAAAAGAAGCAGCAGUAUGAAAUGCACACGAUGAAGGAAGCGAUGGUGGAAACUACGAGUCGCCAAGAACAACGAGGUGUAAUUGGUGUCCAAAAAAUGAGAGAUAUACCCGGCUGUGAAAUGGCUAUUCAGCUAAAUGACGCAGGUUAUUACUUUCAGAGAGGCUACAGUUUACUUGAUGAAUGGCUUGGUAUUGUGUGUAUCAAUUCUGCGGCGUCCGUUGAUCCAAACACAGGAUAUCCGGAAAACGACAGGGUUAAAACAGCACCAGCUGACGACGGCCAGAACAGUGAGUCGGAAUCUGAAUCCGAAGAGGCUGAAGCAGACAAUGAAGCAGAAAUUCUAGAAGCACAGAGAAGAAUAGAAGGCGAAGAGUUUGCUUAUUUGCCAGACGUGGGGGUACCCGAGAACGAUGCUGAAAACGUUGCCAAUCCAGACCCAGCCGAAUUCGCUAACGGUGUGGAACAGCUGCAGGGCAUUGCAGAAGCGGAACCAGACAAUCAACUCGAAGACGAUGGUGGAGGUUGGACCUUAGUCGCAAUGAGCAAACAGAGGAGAAACCAGAAAGUUUACGAAGGGCUUUCCGUACCACCAAUGAGACAAGAAGAAGUUUACAUGGUAAACAACAUAUGGAAUCUUAACGAAAACGAUCGCUGGCGACUUUACAACUAUUGGUUGCAGAAAAGAAAAGAGUCUCUUCAAGAAAACAUGACAACGCUUUGCGUAGAGUUUGAGGCAGCAGCAGAGCGACUCAAGGAAACUGACGAGCAAGAAAGCUUGCAUGUCCUCAAGGGAGCGACAGUUAUCGGCAUGACAACGACGGGAGCAGCCAAACACCACCGUCUUCUCCUCGAAGUAAAGCCCAAAAUAGUCGUCGUCGAAGAAGCGGCGGAAGUCUACGAAGCCCAUAUCGUCACAACAUUAUCAGCAUCUGCCGAACAUUUGAUUCUCAUUGGCGAUCACCAACAACUUCGUCCCAAUCCUCAUGUUUAUCAACUAGCAAAAAAAUACAAGUUAGACGUCUCGCUGUUUGAGAGAAUGAUCAAGAAUGGAAUGCCGUGUGCACGAUUGGAUGUACAGCAUCGGAUGCGCCCCGAGAUUGCCGAAUUGAUGAAACCGAUCUACGACGGAUUACAGAACCACAAAUCGGUCUACAAGUACGAGAACAUCGCAGGAGCGAAACACAACAUGUUCUUCAUUGAGCACAAACAAAGGGAGAACGAAAACGAGGACUUGAAAAGUCACUACAAUACUCACGAGGCGGGUUUUGCGGCUGGACUGUGUCGUUACUUGAUGCAACAAGGAAUUCCAGCGAAUAAGAUUACCGUGCUUACAACUUACACUGGCCAGGUUCUCACUCUCAAGAAAGUUAUGCCAAAGGCUAUAUACAAUGGUGUCCGCAUCACAGCCGUCGAUAAUUAUCAAGGCGAAGAGAACGACGUCAUCAUCUUGUCUCUGGUCAGAAGCAACGCUCAAAGUAAAAUCGGAUUCCUCAAAACGUCGAAUCGAGUGUGCGUUGCGCUUUCGCGAGCAAAGAAAGGAUUUUAUUGCGUUGGGAACAUGACACUGUUGGCUAAGGAAAGCGAGUUGUGGAGCAAAAUUGUUCAAGAGAUGAGGAAUAAUGGAAUUGUGGGUCCAGCCUUGGAACUGUGCUGUCAAAUCCAUCCGGAUACUUCUUUUCUUGCGUCUCAGUCGACCGACUUCAAGAAUGCUCCGGAGGGCGGAUGCACGCGACCCUGCGAGUUUAGACUCGGGUGUGGACACGUUUGUGCUCUCACGUGUCAUCCUUACGAUCGUCAACACGAGCAAUAUAAAUGUCGCAAACCGUGUGUAAAGAAGUGUGAAAAUGGGCAUAGAUGCCAGAAGAAAUGCCACAAAGAGUGUGGAAAAUGCCCCGUUCUCGUGGACAAGGUCGUGCCGGGAUGCGGUCACAUUCAAUCUAUUCCAUGUGGCGACAGUCCACUUCAGUUCCAUUGCCAAGCUCCUUGCUCUAUUAUACUCGGCUGCGGGCACUCUUGCAGCAACAGAUGUGGUGACAUAGAAUGCACAAGGAAGUGUUUGGCGGUUGUAUCCAAGACGUGGCCAUGCGGGCACACGACUGAUGUGCGUUGCCACGAACAGGGGACGUCUCUGUGUCCCGAACCGUGUGGUGAUAUGCUCGACUGCGAACACCUCUGCAGCGGAACGUGCGGGGAAUGCCGUGAAGGAAGGCUACACAUAGCCUGCCGAUCACAUUGUGGCAGGACACUCGUCUGCUCGCAUCCGUGUGAAUACCCGUGUACCAAAAACUGCCCUGCUUGUAGACGGAAAUGCGAAAAUGCGUGCGUUCACAGUAAGUGUCAAAAAGAAUGCGGGAAACUGUGUGAUCCAUGCCAAGAGCGUUGCCAGUGGGAGUGUGACCACUAUACGUGCGCUAAACUAUGCGGAGAGCUUUGCGAUCGUCCACGUUGUAACAACCAAUGUCGACAAACUCUCAAAUGUAAUCAUCGUUGCAUUGGUCUGUGUGGAGAGAAAUGUCCAAGUCUGUGCCGAAUUUGUGACGUCGAUAAAGUGACAGAAAUAUUUUUUGGAGAGGAGGACGAUCCGGAGGCACUGUUUAUCGAAUUGGAAGAUUGUAGUCACGUAUUUGAAGUGAAGGGGCUCGAUCACUGGAUGGACUCAAAACAAGAAAACGAAGAGGGUGGAGUUAACAUUGGUCUAAAGCAAUGCCCACGUUGUAAAAUCGCAGUGCGACGAAGUCUUCGUUACGGAAAUGUUGUGAAACAGGCACUGCAGGAUAUCGAGAUGGUGAAGCGGAGGAUGUUAGAGCAAGAGCAAGAGAUGGAGACAACGGUCAAGCAACUAAAGAAAGAAGCAGUCCAACUGGCAAGACAGUUGCAAGUCUGCCCGCUAUUUAAAGAUCAAGUUGCUUCGCAAGAAAGCAAACCAACAGGAUUUUUAGAUAGUUUUAAUAUUGGUUUAGGACAGUUAGACUUAAUCAUCAAUGAAAUGGUCUUGAACGAUAAUGCACCAUCAGGGAUAAUUCUUCGACGAUUGCGCAAUCGGCUGACUGUAGAAGAAGUGACUACUAUUCAAAAUCAGAUUCAGUUCUUACCAUCCAUUGUCGAUGUAGCUAACAACAUCGACAAGACGCAGACUGAGAAUGAAUGCAGUUUACAACCAGUUUGUCAGAAACUGCUAGCUGAUCUCGAUGAGCUGGUCACAUUUCUAAUGAGACAUAUAUUGAGUAAACAACAGCUGGGAGACAUACAGUCGAUGAUGGAGAAAGUCGAAUUGGAGUUAAAUUUUCGGAUUCUUAUGGCAAAGCUCAGGCCUCGAUUGGGUCAGCUCACUGUCCAAGACAAGGAUUAUGUUCGUGUGGUUGAAGAUGGUCUGAAGGAGAAACGGAAGAGGACGCGUGAAGACACGGAGGCAAUACGAAAGAUCAUCAAGCACUUGUCUGAUACUUACAGUGUGUUUGGCUUGUCGGAGGCGGAAAGACUUGAGAUAGUGCGAACUAUGGCGUUUGACCCGGGUCAUUGGUACAAAUGUCCUAACGGACAUGUUUACGCUAUCGGAGAGUGCGGGGGUGCAAUGGAAAGAAGCAGAUGUCCCGAAUGUAAAGAAGAAAUCGGAGGAGGAAGUCAUCAAUUGGUCGCAGGCAACGCUCCCGCUCUUGAAUUUGACGGCUCCCAAGCGCCGGCUUGGCCAAUAUAAACUAAUUUAUAAUUGCAAUAUUAAACUCUUGAACACGUUGUUAUAGAGCACUGCAGUAUGUUUUAGCGGCAAUUAGUUUGCAACCCUACAGUAGUGGUAUAUGCAUGCAUGCAUGUAGUAUACUUGUAUGGUAGUGCAGUAUAGUGGACGUAAGAUCAGCAAUAUAUAUGGUCUAGAGGCAAACAAACA